AUGUUCUCGUCAUUAUACCUUUUUACCUUUCUUUUAUGGAUAUCUUGCUGUUUUGGCUUCGACCUAAGAGGCGAGUACUUUGGGCAAUCACAUUCAAUUUCAAAAUGCUACACCGCUUGUCAAUUUCUUUCUCGAAUUCUCAAAGGCCGGGUAUCAUUUUCUGGUAGUGUUAUAUAUGAAUCUGAGCAAUUAUAUUGGUCGCUGCAACAAGCUGAAUUGCAACCUGAAUGUCGAGUGACGCCGAUAUCUGCGGAAGAUGUCUCUACUACCAUACAAGUACUUGAGUCUCAAGGUUGCCAAUUUGCCGUCAAGAGUGGUGGGCAUGCAUGUUUCUCAGGUGCAUCAAAUAUUGAGAAUGCAGUCGUGAUAGAUUUAAGCAAUCUUGACCAAAUCAAUAUCUCGAGCGACAAAACAGAAGUUUCCGUUGGAGCAGGUACACUAUGGUCCAAUCUUUAUCCGAUAAUGGACGCAGCAAAAAUUGGAGUUAUAGGUGGUAGAGUAGUCGGAAUCGGAGUUGGGGGUCUAACACUUGGGGGUGGAAUAUCUUUUCAUUCUGGACGGUAUGGAUUCGCUUGCGAUAAUGUUAAUAACUACCAAGUUGUUCUUGCCAAUGGCUCCAUUCGCGAUGUUAAUCGAGCAUCGUACCCAGAUUUGUAUUGGGCUUUGAGAGGAGGUGGAAAUAAUUUUGGCAUUGUUACAAGAUUUGAUCUGGCUUCGUUCGAGCAGGGUGAUAUGUGGGGCGGAACGACAACUUCAAAUGCAACAGAACUAUCCAAUGCGAUUGAGGCAUUGGUCAACCUCAAUAUCAAUCAUGCUUCUGAUCCAUUUGCUGCAGUUUUUCUGGUAUAUGUCUACGUACCUCUGAUAGAAUCAUCCCUCGUCAGUUUCACAUUGGACUAUGGGAAACCAGUCAUCAACCCUCCUAUUUUCGGAAAUUUUACUGAGAUACCCGCUAUAUCUGCUGACUUGAGAAUUGCGACCCUUACGUCGUUGAUCAAUGAAACAGAAGAAUCGCAACCUUCUGGACUUAGGGAAUCAUAUUGGACAUUGACCAUAUUGAAUGAUGCCAGUUUAAUAAAUGAAAUAUCCAAGAUAUUUGAUCAGGAACUUCAAAACAUCAGAAAUGCUACAAAUUUAUUGCCUGCGCUGGUCUUCCAACCGAUUUCCGAACCAAUGAUCUCGCACUUUAGCAAGAAUGGUGGGAAUGCUCUAGGUAUAACCAAAGAAGAUGGUCCUUUGAUUCUAAUCAAUAUUGCCAUCCAAUGGACCGACAUCACAGAUGAUAAACGGAUUAUAGCGUUUGCAGAGAAUUGUAUUGCACGAUCCACUACUUUAGCCAAAGAGCGAAAUCUUUGGCAUAGAUUUCUGUACCAAAAUUACGCUGCGCUUCAACAAGAUGUAUUUCCGAGCUACGGGAAAGAGAAUCAUGAGAGAUUGGUCGAGAUCUCAAAGAAAUAUGAUCCAGAUGGUGUGUUUGUGCGGCUGCAACCUGGAUACUUCAAAGUUUAUUGA